UUACCCAGUCUUACAGCCCUAUCCGCCUGUCACCCUACCUACGCUAGGAGAUAUUAUUAGUACGAUAAAAGUAGGCGAUAUGGGUAAACGCGUUUUAUAAAUUGUGCAAUAUUUUGGAGAACAGCGGCUCUUUUAAAACCGCAACCAUGUUUGGUCGGUCGCGGAGCUGGGUUGGAGGACAAGGAAAGACGAAAAAUAUCCACUCGUUGGACCAUUUAAAAUAUAUGUACCACAUUCUGACCAAAAACACCACAGUGACCGACCACAACCGAAACCUACUAGUCGAGACUAUCCGCACCAUCACAGAGAUCCUCAUCUGGGGGGACCAGAAUGACAGCUCUGUGUUUGAUUUUUUCCUGGAGAAGAACAUGUUUGUCUUCUUCCUGAACAUCCUGCGUCAGAAGUCUGGUCGCUACGUCUGUGUUCAGCUCCUCCAGACCCUCAACAUUCUGUUUGAAAACAUCAGUCAUGAGACUUCCUUAUAUUAUCUGUUGUCAAACAACCACGUCAACUCCAUCAUCGUGCACAAGUUUGACUUCUCGGAUGAAGAGAUCAUGGCUUACUACAUUUCCUUCCUCAAGACCCUGUCUCUUAAGCUAAACAACCACACUGUACACUUUUUCUACAACGAGCACACUAAUGACUUUGCCCUGUACACCGAAGCCAUUAAGUUUUUCAACCACCCAGAAAGCAUGGUCCGGAUUGCAGUCCGCACCAUCACACUCAACGUCUACAAAGUCUGAAGAGCGGAGAAUUAGCCCUCAGGUUUCCCUCUAUCUGCUUUCUCAAGUGUUUCUAAUCAUCCACUAUCAGCCUCUGGUCCACGCCCUCGCUGAUGUUAUUCUCAAUGGAGACCUUUCAGUCUUCUGCUCCCAGUCCGACAUGCAAAGCUCACACAAAACCACGCAGGUCAGUGCAGGAGGAGUCCGUCGGUUCAUCAAACCGCCGGAGUCUUUGGAGCGAUCCCUGGAGCUGUCCCGGCAUCGAGGCCGGAAGAGAACACAGAAAAGGCCAAACUAUAAAAACCUGGGUGAGGAGGAUGACGAGAGAGCGGGGGAAGGUGGCAGCAGCGGUGGAGGGGAGCUGGAAGAGUGCUGGGAUGAUGACGGUGUCCGAGGAGGAGAGAGGGAGAAGGGAAAAGGUACAGAGGGAGUUGGAGGAGGAGGAAGUGGGAGUUCUAAGGGAAGCAGAGCGAGUGGGGAGAUGGCGGAAGAAAUAGAGAUGGUGGUGAUGGAGAAGUGUAAAGUGUCUGAACUGACAGAACAGAACAUCACUGAUGAGGAGAAGACAGCUGCUGCCACUCGUGCACAUGCCCAAAGAAGCAGACCCUUCUUGGACAUGGUGUACAGCGCCCUUGAGUGUACUAAUGAUGACUACCACGCCCUGUUUGUUCUCUGCCUGCUUUACGCUGUCUCACACAGCAAAGGUGUGAACCGGGAUCUUCUGGAGCGUCUGCAGUUGCCAGUUCCGGACCAGGAGAGAACCUCUUACAGCGUGGUUCUGGUAGAAAGACUCAUCAGAAUUAUGAACCAGGCAGCACAACCAGAUGGAAAAGUGCGCCUUGCUACCCUCGAGCUGAGCUGCCUUCUGCUAAAGCAGUCUGUGUUAUCUGGAAACUGCUGUAUAAUCAAAGAUGUCCAUCUUGCCUGCUUGGAGGGUGCCCGAGAAGAAAGUCUGCAUUUACUGCGAACCUUCUACAAGGGGGAAGAAAUCUUUUUGGACAUGUUCGAAGAUGAAUACAGAAGCAUGACGAGUAAACCCUUGAAUGUAGAGUAUUUAAUGAUGGACGCCUCAAUCCUGCUUCCACCCACCGGCACCCCACUGACUGGCAUUGAUUUUGUUAAAAGACUGCCUUGUGGAGACAUGGAAAAGACCCGCCGGGCGAUUCGAGUGUUCUUCAUGUUGCGGUCUCUGUCACUUCAGCUCCAGGGAGAACCUGAGACUCAGCUCCCUCUGACCAGACCUGAAGAUCUCAUAAAGAUGGAUGAUGUUUUAGAUCUCAACAACAGUGAUCUAAUAGCCUGCAUGGUGGUCAGUAAAGAUGGCAUCCAAGCCCAGAGGUUCCUGGCUGUUGAUGUUUAUCAGAUGAGUCUGGUAGAACCGGAAACCAAACGUCUUGGAUGGGGGGUUGUCAAGUUCGCUGGCCUUUUGCAAGACAUGCAGGUGUCUGGCGUGGAGGAUGACAGCAGAGCUUUGAACAUUGUGAUUCAUAAACCCAGCUCCAAUCCCCACGCCAAACCCCUGCCCAUCCUGCAGGCCAACUUCAUCUUCGCUGACCACAUCCGCUGCAUUAUCGCCAAGCAGAGACUAGCCAAAGGUCGCAUCCAGGCCCGGCGCAUGAAGAUGCAGAGGAUUGCAGCUCUGUUGGACCUGCCGGUGCAGCCCGGUGCGACGGAGGUGUUGGGUUUCGGUCAGACAGCCAAUGCAUCACCCAGCGGUCUGCCUUUCCGCUUCUAUGAGCAGUCGAGACGAGCGCCCAACGACCCCACGGCAAACAGAUCUGUGUUCGCUUCUGUUGACAAAGUACCAGAUGACGCAGCGUUUUUGGAGCGCACUCCAUCGUCUUCUUCGGGCGGAGAAGGUGACGGAGGCGGCGGAGACGCGGCGCGGGUUUCCUCAGCUCCCCUGACCCCAGCCCUGGCACCGAGCCUCACUCCGGCCUCCCAGCCCACCAUCUCCCUGCUGUCGGACAGCAACGCAGACUCCCUGAGCGUAGAGUCGCUCACGCUGCUGCCUCCUGCCGACUCGCCCCACCUGCACCCCCUUCAAAGACCGAAUGCCUGCCUCGUGGACGAGGAGGAAGGUUUUAGAAAAAGAGACGAGGAGGAGGGGUCACCGCUGAAUGAAACAGACACAACAGUUAAAGAUGAAACCACUGAAACGACUGAGUUGGUCACACCCACUGAUGACAUGUCGGAGGCAGACAAGCUGGAAGGUGAGGAUGCUCUUGUUGACAGCAUGACGGCAACAGAGAAGACUGAAGAUGAAGAAAUACACACUGAAACACCCGAGUCACCUGAACUGGAUUAAGGAACCCGCACAACUGAUUUAACACACACACAUGCACACACACGCACUCGCACAGUGCAGUUCAGUGUGAAGUGUAGACUGUCCUGCUCAGCUGCUGUAUAUUUUCAUAGAUGGUUUGUGACAUAAAUAACCUUAAGAGGUCUGAAGGCAUCUCAUCACUUGUGUUUGCACAUGAAGAAAGUCACUCUGUGCUCAGAAAACAAAGGAAGAAUUCUGAUCAAACAGCAGCAGAACUCAAAGCACAUUUGUGUUUUCUGAACACAUCCGAGUGUCGAGUUGUGUUUUUUUUUUGUUUUUUGUUUUGUUUUUUGCCACACAAACGUCAACCAGCAGACUUUCUACUCCUUCUGGUUGUGUAUAAGCUCGUACACGCACACACCUUCACACCACAUACCAAUGCUGCGACUGCUUAUCAAGGCAUUUUUCACAUGUGCUCACUAAACAUGAUUUACAGAAAACGAUGAGUCGCUCCUGCCUUUUCACCGUUCUGUGUCUCAUCUGUGAACAGCUGGUUUCCUCUUCUGAUCCGAAUUUAUUUAUUUUUAAUCCACAUGGAGGGAAAAAAACAUCUUAGUUUCCCUCUGAGUACUGYGUUGUGAGCUCAUUGAUUUAUUGUGAUGUCGGACUCCUCUGCUGCCGAACAUGUGGAUGAACUGAUCAGAUACAUGUGACGUGUGUGAAGGCAAAUUUUUAAAUGUGACAGUCAGCUGAGGGGUGUGCCGUGUUGAAUUAUGCAACAGCAACCACAAAACCUGAUUGUUUUGUUUUUUUUUAUCACUGGCAUUCAUUUCAACUUCAUAGUCCAAAGCAACAAUUAUAAUCUGCUCGUUCAUAAAGAAGAAUCAAUAAUUGUAAGCGUUACUAACAGGACGAAUGAAUGAUCGCAGAACAGCUGCUGCACUUCAUUUUAUUCAUUAAUGCUGUCGAGCUGCACAAGUUACCAAUUGAAUAAUUUACCCAGUAGUUAUAUAAUUUCAUUCUUGUUCUUUAUGGAAGUGGAUUUAAAAAUGAACAUAUUUGACAUCAGAAUGAACUUAYUUUCUAAAAGUGAUUAGCGCGAUGCUGAGGGGCACAAAGAUUAGGGGCCUUCUGGGUCCAUUGAACCCUAAAGUUGUUAUCCAAGGAGGGCUCAAAGUUUGAGUUAAAAGCUGAACUUCAAGAAAUCAAAUGUUCAAAAACCAAAUACCUGACUUCAGAUUAAAGUAGCAAACUCAUCCUUAACCUCCUGCUUUAUUUAAACCAACAAAGCCAUAAUGCAGUAAUGGUUGGAAGGUAAUGGCUUAAUGAAAAUUAAUGAUAGCCUUUCUCUCCACAGUGUUUGUUUAAAUUCACAGCUUGUUUUGUGCGUUUAAGGAACAAAGCAUGUUUAAUAAUUCAAUUUGCUUCCCAACUCAGACCUUUUUUUCCCAUCCAUUCUUGAUUCUCUUUCACACUUAUUUUCUGACUCUUCUCAGUCCUCAACAAGUUUGAGAAAUUCAGAGCAAUACUCUCUUUUACGAGUCUCACUGUUUCCACCUGGCUACUGUAAAUACCAGCAGAAUGAUGGUGAUGCUCACUGACACGCUGAAGAGGCUUGGUUUUGCACAGGCUGUUGGGAACAUGUCUUCGUGUUCCUGCACUCUCUGGAACCUACCAAAACAAACCACGAGCCUCCAUUCUUAUCUGAUUGUAGUGUGUGUAUGUGAAAUCUUUGUAUGCUCUGUAAAUGCCUUGUGCUUUUAAACUUGUAAGUAUUGUUAAUGAACUAAAACAGAGGAUUAAAGAAAUAACUGCAAUAAAUUAUUCUACUUAACAGCU